CACAGUGGGGCUGGAGCCCCAUUUCCUGCUUCUGCUUCCUGUCAUUUCACAAAACUGCUUUGUAGGUUUGACCACACUUUAUUGAGUUUCUCUUUGAAAACAGUGUAGCUUCUGGGAACCAUAUUUUGGGCUUGUCUCUUUAGGAACUUCCUGUUCUUUGCCAUUUCACGGGACUUGCCUUGUUUGAUGGCGGCUUCUGUCUCACAGUGAGUGGGCAGCUUGGCUCUGAUUUACGUUGCUCACUCAGCAUAUCACGCAGGGGUACUUGCUGGAGCCCGGUUACUUUGGUGUACCGCAGUUGUGAUGCAAAAAGUGUCAGUUCCAGAGUUGAGAAGUUCUUCCAUUUACUGUCCCACUUUUUUUUAACUUACGGUUUUUUUCACUUAUUUAGAAAAACUGCCAAAUCGUCAAAGGUUUUGGAUUUUAAAAAACAAAAGUUGAAGUGGUUAUUUAAACUCUUCAAAGGUGGCUUUUUGUUUUUCUUGUGGUGUCUUCGUAAGUAAGUCACUUUCUCAGUAAGAUCACUGUCAGUUGAUAUUUUAUUUUGGAAAAGUUUUUGGACUGCUUUCUGCAUCCCACUAUUAAUAGGUUUGUACGUUCUGAUCGGAGUAUAUUGAAAACUCUCUUCCCGGGGUUCUGUAAGCGUUUGUUGAGCAGUCUCUGUUUAUGAAGAGCUGUUCUAGGUGUUGUGUAAGAGGACACGCAAGUUUAUGAGAUUGGUCUCUGACGUCACAAAACCUACGAGUGUAAUAGAGCAGAUAUUACCAAGCAGGAAACGAGGUGGAAUCAGUGAAAAGUAAACAAGAAGAGGCCUGCGCUGCUGCCGUGGGUGCUGCAGGCAGACUUGUGGGAGCUCCCUGAGGAAGAGAGCAGGCGGUUCCGGCAAAGGGGGAGACGAAGCAGGACCGCUGCCUGAGAGCUGAGCUGCUGAGAGAAGAGACUCCUAUGGCGGCGGACGAGGGCUCAGCUGAGAAGCAGGGUGGGGAGGCCCAUGCGGCUGCAGACGGCGAGGCCAAUGGGUCCUGUGACAAGAGCGAUGCCAACAGUCACCCAAACGCAGUGAAGCUCACUCAGGAAGGCACGAAAGUCGGCCCCCAGGAAGGUGCCGGCCCGGCGGCUCGAAUCGCGGAAAAUGGGAUUUCAGACAGAGACCCUGAGCUGGGGAAGCCCAAUCACGUUCGCGCCGACGGCUUCGCUCAGACCUCCAGCGUUGGCAGCAACGGCUACUUCCUCGGCAAGGCCUCCCUGUCGGAGCAGUCGCUGCGGGGCGCCAGCACCUUGGCCUCCUCCCUUCCCGGUCACGCGGCGAAGACCCUUCCCGGCGGGGCCAGCAAAGGGAGGACUCCCAGCGCCUUUUGUCAGCCGCCGGCCGCGGCGCCGGCUCCGCUCGGGGAGGGGAGCAAGGAGGCGGAGGACAGGAGGGCUCCGGCCCCAGGCGCCGACGUCAAGGUGCACCGGGCGCGGAAGACCAUGCCGAAGUCCAGUCUGGGCCUGCACGCGGCUGCCAAGGAUCCCAGGGAUGGUCGAGACGCCCGAGACCCCGAGGAGCCGAGAGAGGAGACGGGCAGAAACGCCCCUGAGUUUGGUCGGCAGCAGCUUUUACCCCCCUUCCCGCCCCUUCACCAGUCACUACCUCAGAACCAGUGCUACGUGGCCACCACGAAGUCACAGACAGCUUGCUUGCCUUUUGUUUUAGCAGCUGCAGUAUCUCGGAAGAAAAAACGAAGAAUGGGAACCUAUAGCCUGGUUCCUAAGAAAAAGACCAAAGUGUUAAAACAGAGGACGGUGAUUGAGAUGUUUAAGAGCAUAACUCAUUCCACUGUGGGCGCCAAGGGUGAGAAGGACCUGGGCGAUGGCGCCCUCCACGUGAACGGGGAGAGCCUGGAGAUGGACUCAGAGGAGGACGACUCAGAAGAGCUAGAUGAGGAUGAGGAGCCAGGCGCCCCGCCGGCCGUGUUCCCCGCGGAGGACGGCAGGACUUCUCAGGACAGCGCUCUGGAGCCUGACCGCCCCCAGAAGACGGACGGGGAAUCGGAAGAGGAGCAGGAGUCGGCCGGCACCGGGGAGGAGGAGGAGGACGGAGACGAGUCAGACCUGAGUUCUGAAUCCAGCAUCAAGAAGAAGUUUCUCAAGAGGAAAGGGAAGCCUGACAGCCCCUGGAUCAAGCCGGCCAGGAAGAGGCGGCGGCGGAGCAGAAAGAAGCCCUGCCCAGUGCUAGGUGCUGAAGCCUACGCGUCGUCUUCGGGGAGCGCGGAGCCGACGGCACCGGGAGACAGCUUGGGAUACAUGGAGGUGUCACUGGACUCCUUGGAUCUCCGUGUCAAGGGGACGCUGCCCGCAGAAGCAGAAGGGCUGGCCAACGGUCCCGACGUGGGGGAGACGGACGGCCUCCAGGAGUUGCCCCUCUGCAGCUGCCGGAUGGAAACCCCGAAAAGCCGAGAGAUCACCACUCUGGCCAACAACCAGUGCAUGGCCACCGAGAGCGUGGACCACGAACUGGGCAGGUGCACAAACAGCGUGGUCAAGCACGAGCUGAUGCGCCCGUCCAGCAAGGCGCCGCUCCUGGUGCUGUGUGAGGACCACCGUGGCCGGAUGGUGAAGCACCAGUGCUGCCCCGGCUGCGGCUACUUCUGCACAGCGGGUAACUUCAUGGAAUGUCAGCCUGAGAGCAGCGUCUCUCACCGUUUCCACAAAGACUGUGCCUCUCGAGUGAACAAUGCCAGCUACUGUCCGCACUGUGGGGAGGAGACCUCCAAGGCCAAAGAGGUGACCGUCGCAAAGGCAGACACGACCUCCACCGCGAUGCUGGUCCCCGGGCAGGAGAGGAGCCCUGCACUGGAGGGCAGGGCCGACACCACUACGGGCAGCACUGCUGGAGCCCCGCUCUCAGAGGACGACAAGCUGCCCGGCACCGGCCCCCCCGGGCCCGAGGGCCUCGACCCUACCGGGCCGGCCGGGCUGGGGAAGCCGGCCCCUGGGAAGGAGACCCUGGAGAGCGCGCUCAUCGCCCUGGACUCGGAGAAACCCAAGAAGCUCCGCUUCCACCCGAAGCAGCUGUACUUCUCGGCACGGCAGGGGGAGGUGCAGAAGGUGCUGCUCAUGCUGGUCGACGGCAUUGACCCCAACUUCAAGAUGGAGCACCAGAACAAGCGAUCCCCCCUGCACGCCGCGGCGGAGGCCGGCCACGUGGACAUCUGCCACAUGCUGAUCCAGGCGGGCGCCAAUAUCGACACCUGCUCGGAGGACCAGAGGACCCCGCUGAUGGAGGCGGCCGAGAACAACCACUUAGACGCGGUGAAGUACCUCAUCAAGGCCGGUGCCCUCGCGGACCCUAAGGACGCAGAGGGCUCCACCUGCCUGCACCUGGCUGCCAAGAAAGGCCAUUAUGAGGUGGUGCAGUAUCUGCUUUCAAAUGGACAGAUGGACGUCAACUGUCAGGACGAUGGUGGCUGGACGCCCAUGAUUUGGGCCACGGAGUAUAAGCACGUUGACCUCGUGAAGCUGCUGCUGUCCAAGGGGUCCGACAUCAACAUCCGAGACAAC